AUGAAAAGAUUCUUCACAUGGAAAUGUUUACUAUUUGGAUUGCUAGUCGUCCAUGUCGCUUUUUUCCUUAAAAUGAAACAUUACCUACACCGGAAAUCCGAACAUAAACAAGCUCUCAGUGAAGUUGAACUUCGACAAAAUUAUAGGAAAUCAAAUCUGCACAAUGGGUGUCUUCGAUUAGGCUUGCACAAGCCCAUGGUGACGCAAACUGAUGAUAUACGCCAAAUGCUGCAGCAAGUCAAGUUAUUAUAUUCCGAUAAAUACAAGUUUUUGGUGUGUGAGAUUCCUAAAUGUGGAUGUUCAAGCAUAAAGAAAUUGCUUCUAAUCACGGAAGGUAUAGUUAAUGAGACAAAUCCACAGGCAGUGAAAUCAUGGCUUGCUCAUGAACUUGGCGACAAACAUCUGGACUUGAAAAACAUCAAAAAUGUCACUGAGAUUCAGAAGCGACUUGAUACGUAUCAGAAACUCAUCAUUGUAAGAGAUCCACUGUACAGAUUAUUAUCAGCAUAUAUAAAUAAAUUAGAGCAUGAGUAUCCUUGGAAUCGGGGAUUUGCUAAAAUAUCAAAAUAUAUUCACCAACAAUUUGUAAAAAACGAAACAGAAAAGUUGGCUUCCUUUGGAGAGUUUCUUUCCUACCUAACAGAAGAAAACGAGUAUGAUAGACACUGGGAACUUUAUCACAAACUGUGUUUACCUUGCUCAAUAUCAUACGAUUACAUUGCUCACAUUGAAACCAUUGGUGACGACAUGGUUGAUUUCAUGGAUAAACUUGCAAUUACAAAUAUAACGUUCCCCCGAAAUUACGAAAAGUCAAAACAGACCAACACAGACACAUUUGAACGAUACAUUGGUGAAGUACCAGAAAACCUAGUAAAAGGUAUACGCAAAAAGUAUAAGACUGACUUCGAUCUCUUUGGCUUCAAAUAG